AUGCUUCCAUCGCGUCGAAGUGAAUCACAUUCACCAGCAUCUCGAUGCAAAUCAGCCGGUCAUCCACUCACAACUAACGGGUUCCAUUCGAUUCCAUCGUCGGCCUCUUCGUCGACACAUUCUAUGAAUCGACAGGGAUCUGUUGAUAACUUGAUAUUCAAACUGUUGACCAGACAGAAAUACGUGGCGAAGUGUUUGGGAUUCGUCCCAGCACGAUCGUCGGUCGCCAUUCAGACGACACCGAUCGUUGAGAGAGAUCUUGUCGGAUGUUUUCAGACUGAGGCGAGUAGUUUCGAGGCAUCGAAACCGCGAAUUUCCAACAUCACAUUUUCAACAGUCACAUCUGCAACCGGAUUACCUACAGUACCCGCAGAGCCAAAUAAAGCGAGGAGCAGCAGAAAAAAAAUUUGUGCAGUUACUUAA